AAGACUAGGCCACAAUAAAAUCGAAACAGAGAGAGCCCAGUUCAUAGUCCUCUCUUUCUCUCUCUCAACGGGAUUUUCUCUUUCUAAAAAUAUUUUGCAACUUCCGUAGUGGAACAAGAAGGACGAAACCCAGAAUCGUUGAAUACAGCUUCUAAUUCAAUUCUGAAGUGAGCUCUGCAAUGCACCGAGUGGGUAGUGCGGGGAAUACAUCCAAUUCUUCUCGCCCCCGCAAGGAGAAGCGGUUGACAUAUGUUUUGAGUGAUGCCAAUGAUAGUAAGCAUUCUGCUGGUAUAAAUUGCUUGGCUGUGCCAAAGUCUUCUAUCGAUGGCUGUGAUUUCCUUUUUACUGGGAGCCGUGAUGGUACCCUGAAGAGAUGGUCUCUAGCUGAAGAUGUAGCUUCCUGCUCAGCCACCUUCGAGUCCCAUGUGGAUUGGGUUAAUGAUGCCGUCCUUGUAGGCAAUAAUAGGCUUGUUUCUUGUUCUUCAGACGGCACUGUGAAGACGUGGAAUAGCUUAUCUGAUGGAGGUUGCACUAAGACUUUGCGUCAGCAUUCUGACUAUGUGACUUGUCUUGCUGCAGCAGAAAAAAAUAGCAAUGUUGUUGCAUCUGGAGGUCUUGGUGGGGAGGUUUUCAUAUGGGAUUUGGAGGCUGCAUACGCUCCAAGCUCAAAGUCAAAUGAUGCAACUGAUGACGAGUGUUCAAAUGGUAUCAUUACUUCUGGAAAUUCACUUCCAGUCACAAGUCUACGCACUAUCAGCUCUAGUAACAACAUUUCUACACACCCAAAUCAGUCUCACGGUUAUGUUCCAAUUGCUGCAAAAGGCCAUAAGGAAUCCGUUUAUGCAUUAGCAAUGAACGACAGUGGGACGCUUCUCGUCUCUGGUGGAACUGAGAAGGUUGUUCGUGUUUGGGAUCCUAGAACUGGUUCAAAGACCAUGAAGUUAAGAGGACAUACAGAUAAUAUUAGGGCUCUCCUUUUGGACUCAACUGGCAGGUUCUGUCUAUCGGGAUCUUCUGAUUCCAUGAUCAGACUGUGGGAUCUUGGUCAACAACGAUGUGUGCAUUCCUAUGCCGUACAUACUGAUUCUGUUUGGGCACUAGCAAGCACACCAUCAUUUAGUUAUGUUUAUAGUGGUGGUAGAGACCUCUCUCUGUAUAUAACAGACUUGUCCACGAGAGAGAGUCUUUUGCUUUGCACAGGGGAAUAUCCCAUUCAACAACUGGCAAUACAUGAUGAGAAUAUAUGGGUUGCAACUACAGAUUCUUCAGUCCAUAGAUGGCCUGCUGAGGGGCGCAACCCUCAGAAGGUUUUCGAAAGGGGUGGUUCAUUCUUAGCUGGAAAUCUGUCAUUUUCUAGGGCAAGGGCUUCCUUAGAAGGAUCUAUUCCUGUUCCUGUCUAUAAAGAACCAACCUUCACCAUUUCUGGAGCUCCAGCAAUCGUGCAGCAUGAAAUUUUAAAUAAUAGGAGGCAUAUCCUGACAAAGGAUGCUGCUGGUUCAGUGAAGCUAUGGGAGGUUACCAGGGGCAUUGUAAUUGAGGAUUAUGGAAAGGUCUCAUAUGAAGAGAAAAAGGAAGAGUUAUUUGAGAUGGUGAGCAUUCCUGCUUGGUUUACCGUGGAUACCAGGCUUGGGAGUUUGUCGGUUCAUCUUGACACUCCCCAAUGCUUUUCUGCAGAGAUGUAUUCAGCGGACCUUAAUAUUACAGGAAAGCCGGAAGAUGAUAAGGUUAAUUUAGCUCGAGAAACCCUUAAAGGACUUAUGGCUCAUUGGUUUGCCAAAAGAAAACAAAGAUUUGGGUCACAAGCUUCGGCUAAUGGAGAUGUUCUUUCUGGGAAGGAUACUAGUGCAAGAAGUCUUUCCCAUUCAAGGCUUGAAGCUGAUGGCAAUGCUGAAAAUGAUUCAAUGGUCUAUCCUCCAUUUGAAUUUUCAACAGUUUCUCCUCCUUCAAUCAUUACGGAAGGUUCACAAGGUGGUCCUUGGAGAAGGAAGAUUACUGAAUUGGAUGGUACAGAAGAUGAGAAAGACUUUCCAUGGUGGUGUUUGGACUGCGUGUUGAAUAACCGUCUACCUCCAAGAGAAAAUACCAAGUGUAGCUUUUAUCUACAUCCUUGCGAAGGUUCAUCCAUUCAGAUCCUUACACAAGGAAAACUUAGCGCUCCUCGUAUUUUGAGAGUGCAUAAGUUUUUAAGCACACGUCCCAACUCAUAAACGAAGGAUCAUUGUAGGCAAGUUUUUUUUCUUUCUUUCUCCCUUCCUUCCUUCCUUCCUUUCUUUCUUUUUGGAGAAGGGAUGUUUCUUAUGGUUAGCAGCAGCGCUGUGCAAUUUGUUAAGAGAUGCUAAAGUCUGGGGUUAUUCAACCUGGUGCUGUGCAUGCCCAUUUUCCAGUUAGGGUACUCUCAGUCAUGAAGGAUGGUAGCUAAAACUUUUGCAUGAGCUAACAGGCUCAUAAUUUGGUGUCCAUUGAAGAUAAGUACCACUUCCCAACAAUAGAGAAACUUUAGAUGAAUGGGAGGAUGCAACUAUCUUUUAUACUAUUGACUUCAAGUUUGCGUACGAAAUUGUAUGCAAGCAGGGAUCUUGUAACUGGUAUAAAUUUAAUACCAUAUGUGGUAUCAAAAGAUCCAUAGAUUUGAUAGAUUAUUUGGACAUCCAGAUGGAUAAUUUAUGAGCAGAAGGGAAAUUGGGAAAUUUUAUGCCCAACCGAACCUUCUUACUAUGUUGUGCUUGGAGGUUGGUGAUUUACAAGGACUGUCAACACUUCGUGUAUUUAUCACCUACUUAUCAGGACCUAGUCUUUUGCUUUAAUCUGCUAGAGGAUUUUCAACAGAGUUGCAUCCGGUCACCUGACGAUCUAGUGUGUAAUUUCUAUUGCACUCGAUUACUUGUUGCUGUAGUUUGUCUGUUGAAAAAUUUUAGUUAUGAAAAUUGUGCUAUAAUUUCAGGU